AUGACCAUGCGUACUCGCAGACGAUUGGUUCGCUUCGUGGACCCUACCGCCGUCCAACUCGGCGCUGCCGCCGCUGCGCUGGGGGUAACGGUUCACCCGGGGGCUGUGCGUGGCCUCCUCAGCGACGGCGACGAUGAACAAGACGGCGACAGCGUCGCCUCCGUCGACGCGGACCCCUUCCGGACCGAGGAGGAGCUUCGCCAGCUCCGCGACGACGCGUCCCUCGCGACCGCGGUUGAGGGCAGCCUCCACCUCUCCGACGGCCCCCCACCGCCGGGGUCGCCGGCCGCCGUGGCCGACGCUCACGCCGACGCGUUGUGCGCCCGCGAGGGCUUCGCCGCCGUGCGGCCGCGGCAGCCGACUUGGCCUUGCAGCCUCCUGGAACGCCGCGCUUCCGACGCGGGCGAGGAGGUGGAGCUGGUCCGCGCUUCCGGGGCGCUUCGCAUGGAGACGGCGCGGGCGGACGUUCGGAGGAGCACGGACGCUCUUCGCAUCGCCGAGCGCUCGCUGUCGCCUACGCCCGCCGCCUCUUCCGAGCUUCCCCACCACGCGCCUUCGUAUUCCGAGAUUGUACGUGGAUCGUCUUCAAGCUCUUCGGGACGCGAGAGCGGGAGCCCCGGGCGCUCCGGGCGGCAGGCCGGCCGCGCCACCUCCCUCACGCCGCCGGCCUCGGCCUCCUCCCCGCCCAUCCCGAUGGCGCUGCCAGCGCGGGCCGGGGCCGGGGGCGAGGGCGCUGCAGCCCGUUCUUCGCCUUCUGCAUCGGCUGACGUGGCGUGGGGGAUUUCGCGCUCUUCUCGGGCGGGGAACUCUUCGGCUGCAUCGACCCAUGAUCUCCCGCCCCCCGCUUCUCCGAGGGCGGGCUACUGCCGUAUGGGCACCACCGCAUCGGUGGCCGCUGCCGCCGCCGGCGCCGCCCCCGUCUGCGGCGGCGGCGCGGCGGCGACCGGGCUUCAUCACCACGCACCACGAUUCACCAGCUUCAGCAGCGCCGGCUCCGGAGGCGGCGGGGAAACGGCGGGCAGGAGCUGUAAUUCGCCGUCACACUCCGCCAACGCUCCGCCAACCGGCUUUGGGGUCCUCGGCCCUCCGCCGACCAGCCCCCCUCGGGCCGGCGCUCCCCGGGCGAGGGAACCGCCGGCUAUCGCGCGGCGGGGGAAUGUUGUGAUUCGCCAACACGACUCCGUUGCCCGACGAGCUUCGACUUCUUCACGGAAUCUGGUGCCUUCUCUUCGUAGCUCGGCGUCGCGGCCGUCGUCGGAGACCGAGCCAAGGGCGGCGCCGCCGCACUUCGCCGCAGAAGAGGCGCGGCUUCACCGCGGUGGAACGGUCGCCUCGGGUCGGCCACAGCAACCCCGCGGGCGGCACUGGUCCGACAAUCUCCAUGUUCCGCGUGACACCCUCUCCGGUGAGAUCGGCAGGAGGACGCUGCUGGACGAGCAGCUGGAUAUUCGACUUCACGACGCGGAACGAGCGUGUGCCGGGUCGGGAUGGACGGACGAAGAGUUGGGGGACGCCUACACGCAGGCUCGCUCGGACUUCAGCGACAACCGCCGCCGCUUGUGGGAGCUCAUAGACGCCUGCGAUCGGCGUGAAGGCCGAGCGCACGCGUGGGAUCCUCCUCGCGAUUGGGAAAUGCUGCGGGCGGUGGAAGCGGUAGCGGCGGCCGGCCGCCGGGAGCCGCCGUCGCCGGGUCGCGACGGUCAGCGUGAGCGCCACCGCCGAACUAACAAACGCUCGCGGCGGCAGCACAACCGCUCCUGCCGCGAGAGUUCUUCCUCUUCUUCGUGGUCGUCGGACGGCUCGGGAGACGACGGGGAUGAAUGGGGGGCGCCGCGGCGCCGGUCAGCGCCGGUGGAACGAGAGGCCGCCCAUCACGUGCGGGCCUCAAGUUCUCGCCGGCAGGGCGCCGCGAGUGGUGGAGGGAAGCAGGGCACGGGGUCGGGGGGGGGAGGAGACCGCGGGAGUCGGCGUUCUGGGGAGGACGAGAGGGAGCGUCGACACAGCCGAGCGUCGUCUUCGAGAGGCUCGGAGGCUGGUGGAUCUUCCCGGGCUUCGAGACUAACCCGUGUGCCGUGUUCUUUGUCCCCCAGCUCACGAUCCCCUUCCCCACCCCCUCACAAUCCGAAGGUAGCCUCUAAGCUCAUGGCACUCAAUGUGCACCGCAUGUUUCAGCACGGCGGAAAGUGGGGAAGGGCCGGUAAACAAAAUUUGUCCAACGGCCGGGACCUCGACGACACAAUCCGAGAUAGAAAGCUCAACGGCCCACAAGGGUUUGCCGAGCUUGUCAGCCAACUCACGAAGCGGUUCACGAGCUUCCAGGUCAAUUCCAUCCCGAUCAUGUUGGCACAAUUCUCCGUUCCGAUCCACACACCCCUGCAAGAUUGGAUAGUCCAACUAAAAGAACUUGUAGAAGGGUUGUCGUGUUUCGGGGAUUCGUGCCCGACAGACGCGCAAAUCGUCUCAACCGCCAUCGAAGGUCUGGCCGUGCAGUACCCAGAGAUAUCCCUCUUCGUGAAACCCAAACUCAAGAAAGCGGUGACUCUGGCGGACAUGUGGAAGUGCUUUCGGGAUGACGAGAUAGACGAAAGUAACGCCGUGGCCAACGCACCCCCUGCUUUAGGAACGGUGUCCGCCCGAUCAACACAUUCUCACCAACCAAGGGUUCACGCGGUAGUGCGGGGUCGCUCGUUUGAAACAUUGGCCCCUGGGCGCGAGUAUGAAUUAAGCAGUGACGAGGAAGGAUACCAACGCACAUCUCGACACCUAUACCCCGUGCUCGGUAAAGGAUCAGACAAAAACACAUCUACGUCGAACAACUCUUCGUUCCGCUUCUGGAAAUAUUCCGCCGAUUCGGUAGAGGGGGUGAAGGCUAAAAGCCAGCUGCCGCGUGACGCCUGCUACAACUGCGGUCGCACCGAUCACUUCCUGCGUGAUUGCCCUGAGUCCUUUAAGAAUGAGUGUGGUAUGUUUUGCGAGUCAUUCGGGGAGGGUAGCCCCGUUUUGGUUGAAGAAAGAUGGCAAGCCAAGCUCCGUAGCCUAAAAAGGAAACAACAAGCGAGGGGUCCCUCUUUGUACCCUGGAAAAUAG